AACCCCAAAUUUCCAAUUGACACUGUAUUCCUGGUUGAGCAGACCCGCGACAAUACUAUUCAGCAAACAUCAUUGUGCAGAAUUCUGGAAUAAAAUAUUAAAAAAUGUUUGGAAUAGUUGAUUUCAUAAUUUUCUUUUUAACAAUAUUCGUUUCAUUUUGUAUCGGACUGUUCUUUGCUGUCUGGGAAAGGAAAAGAAAUACAACCGUUGACUAUUUUCUUGCUGGUCGAAAGUCGAGUACACUUCCAGUGGCACUUUCUUUUGUCGUAAGUUUCCAGUCGUCAUUACUUGUAUUAGGAUUUCCAGCUGAAGGAUAUGCAUACGGUGUUGGAAUUGCUUAUUAUGUAGUUGGAAUAUUCAUUGCCUAUUCAAUUGCAGCUGUUGUAAUUGUUCCUGUAUUUUAUCCUUUAAAGCUUCUAAGCGUUUAUGGAUAUUUUAAUUUACGUUACGGUAACAAUAUACUACGUUAUCAGUCGCUUGCAUUUGGAAUGGUCUAUACAAUUUUUACAUGGCAACAGUUACAGUUGGAACAUGCGUUGCUUUGCAAGUUGUAAUGGGAAUCCCUCCGUGGGGUACUAUUCUUUUGUACACAAUGGUAGCAGCAGUUUAUACUUCGAUUGGCGGAAUCAAAGCCGUAAUAUGGACGGAUGUGUUUCAAUUGAUAAUAAUGCUCGCUGGAAUGAUUGCAGUUUUAGUUAAAUCUACAAUUGACACCGGCGGUUCAGAAAGUGUCAUGAAAUAUGCAAAAGAGAGAUUUGAUGCCACAGCUUUUCGAUUUGACCCGACUAUACGGUAUCAGUUUUGGAACGUAUCUGUUGGAACUAUACCGGCAAUGCAAAGAGUCUACUGUGUUUCCAGUGCAAAACAGGCCAGCCUUCUUUAUUUCGUAGCUACACCAUUUUUCAUCUUACUUACUUUAAUUGCAGUGUUUGAAAGACCUGUUUUAUUUGGCUAUUUCUCCGGUAAGGGGUGCGAUGUUCUUGAAGCAGGUAUUAUAAACAACAUGAAUGCAAUUGUACCCUUUGCUGUUUUAGACUUAUUUCGAAACCAACCUGGACUAGCGGGGUUGUUUACUGCUUCAUUAUCAAGUGCUGCAUUCAGCACUCUGUCGUCAUGUCUAAGUAGUCUUUCAGCGGUUACAUAAUUA